CCCCCCCCCAAUUUGCCCCCAUUGAAUGUACAUUUCCCCGUGGAGGGGCUGCCUCUCCUGCAUAUUCCCUUCUUUUUGGCUUUGGGGGGUUCUGGGUGCUAAUGGAUUCAGAUCUAGUUGUUUAAAGCCUGGUAUCAGCAUGCCUUAAGAACUACCUCCUCUCAUAUGAACCUACCUGUUUGCUCUGGUCAUCUUUGGAGGCUGUGGUUUGGUUGCCACGAUCACCUUUGGAACUUCCUCCCCAAGAAGAUACGUCUGUUUUCCACUUCCUGUGUCUUUUGCCAGCAGGAAAGAUUCUGGACUUGGGAUCCAAAUUAUUGGCAAGUCGCAGAAUAUGGCCGCAGAGCAGGAGUCCAAGCCAGGCUUCAGGCUUCAGAUUCUGAUGGAUCUGCAACAACGGAGGUUGCCAGGGUUUAAAAUGGAGGAUCCAGAUGCAGCAGGGCUCAACCUGGGGAAGGGAUCGGGGUGCUCAAGAAGAGCCUCUCUUGUCACCCAGGGUGACAGUAUUGGGGGACUUGUGCAGAGUAGCCCAGAGGGACAGAUCAAGCAGGAACCAGGUGAGGGUUCACUUCAACAGUGGGAAGUUCAGUGGCAGGAAUUCCUGAAGACAGUUGAGUCCCCCCACACAGGCUGGCAGAUGCCAAAGUUGCUGAGGGAACCCACACCAUGGGAAGACACAAAAGCCUUCCUGAGCUCCUUUGAGCAGGUGGCUGAAGCCUGCCGGUGGCCCAAGGAUGAGUGGGUGACCCGACUCUUACCAGCACUCAGUGGAGAAGCAGAGCAGGCCUUCAGCACCUUGGAGCCCAGAGACAGAGAGGAUUAUGGGAAGGUUAAGGUAACCAUCUUGCGAUGGGACAUCCUGACUAGAGAGAGGUGGCGCCAACACUUCCGGCAUUUCUGCUACCAAGAAGCUGAGGGGCCGAGAGGACUCUACCAUCGUCUCCAAGAACUUUGCCAUCAGUGGCUGAAGGUGGAGAGGCACUCAAAGGAGCAGAUCAUGGAGUUGCUCAUCCUAGAGCAACUGUUGACUGUCCUCCCUCCUGAUAUCCAGAACUGGGUGAGGCAGCAUGGCCCUGAGAGCUGCUCCCAGGCGGUGGCCUUAGCCGAGGAAUUCCUGAAGCUGCAACAGGAGACUGAUGAGAGACCAGAGGAACAAAAACAGAUACUGGCAGUGGCUGACCCUCUCUCCAAGUCUGAGCAGGCUCCAUUUGAUGCGGGAACAAGGCAGCUGUGUGGAGAGGCAAAACAGGAAGUGGAUGAGGAAGACAUGAGCUCACCCAAGGAACAGCUAGGCAACAACACAUGGCAGCAUGAACAUGAGGGAGAGCCAGGCAAGGCCUCAUCAGAAGUGGCCCAGAGUGAAGAGACAGAGGAGAGUGUUGCAGAUCCAGAGAGAUUAGAGAGCCAAGAAGUAAAGUGUCUGACAGAGAAAUGGAAGAAAAAUCCAGUUGCUGGUGAUAAUGGUGACCACCAGCCAAAAAAGCACAAAGGGAAAAGAUGGAUCAAAUGCCCUGCCUGUGGGAAACUCUUUUGCCGCCAAACCAGCUUUAAUGCUCAUUGGAAAGUCCACAUGGGGGAGAAAAAAAACAUGAGCUUGACCUUUGGGAAGAACUUCAGCUGGAGCAUAAACCUUGCAUCACAUCAACGGAUUCAGGCAGAGGAGAGGCCGUAUCAGUGCCCAAACUGCAACAAGAGCUUUUCUGAUCUGCCAAGGCUUAAAAGGCAUCAGAGAAUCCACACAGGGGAGAAGCCUUACAAAUGCUCGUACUGCGGAAAGAGCUUUAGCCAGAGACACCAUUGCACUUCCCAUGAACGAAUCCACACAGGAGAGAAGCCGUACCAUUGUGCAGACUGCAGCAAGAGCUUUUGUACAAAAUCAAGCCUUAACGCGCAUCGGAGAAUCCACACUGGAGAGAAACCACAUAAAUGCCUGGAGUGUGGAAAGAGCUUCAGUAAAAGCACCAACCUUACAUCACACAAGAGGCUCCACACAGGAGAGAAGCCCUACAAAUGCUUGGUGUGUGGAAGAAGCUUCAGCCGGAGUGAACAUCUCACCUCACACCAGAGAAUCCAUACAGGGGAGAAACCUUACAUCUGCUCCUUUUGCAGCAAGAACUUUUGCAGUAAAUCUAGCCUGAAAGCACAUCAGAGAAUCCACACAGGGGAGAAGCCAUACAAAUGUUUGGAAUGUGGGAAGUGCUUUCGAUGGAGCACCUACCUUGCUUCGCAUCAAGAGAUCCACAAAGGGGAGAAACCGUACAAAUGUUCAGAAUGUGGGAAAGAUGCUCACCUUACUUCUCAUCAAGAGAUUCUCUCUGAGUAGAAGCCACAUCAAUGUGGUGUGAGCAAUCAAGCCUUAUUAACUGAAAGACAGAUAAAUUGCUCAGAAUGUGAUGAAAACAUUAAGUCAGUGUGCACCAUGCGCUCUGCACAUCAAACCACCUAUUUGUGAUGUGCAGAUAUUUUUAGGGUGGGGAAAGACUUAUAUUGGAUCCUGAACACAUUUUGAGAUGCCCAGUCUUUGUAAUUUGCUGCUUGCCUAAUUGUGUGUUGCCUUCCAAACACAUUGGGUGACCUCCCCAUUCUUGCCUGGAUAAAGGGGCUUGUUUGGCUGCUAUUAAAGUAGGCAGAAGACUUGGUUAGAAAUAAUUUCAUUAUUCUUGUUGUUCAGUGGUAAUGCCAACCUUAUCAGCUGUUUUCAAUUUGGUACUGAGAUUAGUGGAUGAAAGAUGGCAUGGUAUAACCUGAUCUCAUUCGCUCUUGGAAGCUAAGUAAUGUCGGUAUUGGAUGGGAGAACAUGGGCAGGCAAUGGCAAACCAUCUCUGCCUCUCACUUACCUUGAAAACUCAUUUCCAGGGUUGCCAUGAGUCAGUUGUGACUUGAGAUCGUGUCCAUAUGCAAGAGAUCGAUUAUGUAUGAGUGUGGGAAACAAUUCCCUCUGCUUGCUGAGACACUUUGGUGCUUCCUUCAUUGUUACCAAUAGUUGUUUUAAGAGGGAGUAGCAUUUUAUUCCCCUCAUGCUUUUGCAAAUGGUGUGGUUAUUUGCCUUGCAGAUACGCCAUCUCAGACACUUGAAGUUCUAAAACAGUUAAAGUUCUAAAACAAUAAAAACAUACCACAUUUCUCAAAA